UAACGAAUUUCAUGAAUGAGGCAAACUUUAUUCGAACAUUUUGAAGACCACCAAGGCUCCCCCUAUUUCCUUGUCAUCAGCGUGGUAGCCCUGAAAUGUCAUCCGCCACCACGAACCCCCAUUGCCAACUGCCACAAAGCAAAUCCUAAAAAAUUGAAGCAACGUCCAGUCAUUUUUACACCAACAACAACACGGCCACCUAUCAAUUUACUACUACUCGUGCGUGUGUGUGUCGUGCAUCGUACGACGAGCAAAAAUUUCGGACGGAACAGUGAAGUGCACAACCCAACCAGUCUCUCGAAUUAUCGGAAUAAUUUCAAGUUUAUAUCGCGUGCGAACGGAGUAGAUCCUCGCAAAAAGAAAAAUCCAAUUGUGCUGUGUGUGUGUUUGUAGAAAAUCCGCGUUCUCGAGUCGGAGAAUCG